CCAGGCCGCUGUCUGGCUUUGGGGGCGGGCCCGACUGUGGUGACACGGCAGGAGGCCGGGCAGGGAGGAGGAGAAAGAGGAGGAGAAAGAGGAGGAUAGGGAGCGGGCGGUGGCUGCCAGGCGGGCAUGGCGGCUGGGCCUGCUGGGGGCGGCUUGCUGCCCUUCCUGAGGCUGCUGGGGCAGCUCAAGAGAGUACCGCGGACAGGAUGGGUGUACAGGAACGUGGCAAAGCCAGAGAGCGUGUCAGAUCAUAUGUACAGGAUGGCAAUGAUGGCGUUGGUGACCGAAGACAAAAGCCUUAACAAAGACAGAUGCAUACGAUUAGCUUUGGUUCAUGAUAUGGCUGAAUGCAUUGUUGGAGACAUUGCUCCUGCAGACAACGUUUCAAAGGAGGAGAAACACAGGAGAGAAGAGGCUGCUAUGCGACAACUGACCCAGCUUUUAUCAGAGGACCUCAAAAAAGAAAUCUAUGAACUCUGGGAGGAAUAUGAAAACCAGUGUACUGCAGAAGCCAAGUUUGUAAAACAGUUGGAUCAGUGUGAGAUGAUACUGCAGGCGCUUGAGUAUGAAGAGCUGGAAAACACUCCUGGCAGACUACAGGAUUUUUAUGAUUCAACUGCUGGAAAGUUUGUUCACCCAGAAAUACUCCGGCUUGUGUCUAUGAUUAACACAGAAAGGAAUAAAAAAAUAGCUGCUACGUGUCAUCCACGUUCCUGAGGUGCUCCUAAGCACUGUAACUAUAUUAAAAUAUUUUUGUUUUA